AUGAGGUACUUACAUAUACUAAUACAAUUUUAUAUAUUCUCAGUAGUGUUAGCAUUAUGGCCAUUUCAAAACGAGGAUAAUACAGUUGGUGCAACUCCAACAUCAGCAUGGUGGGAAGGAUUAUUUGGAAGUGCAACUACAAGUUCAUCAGAAUCAAGCUUACCAACUGCAGCAGAAACAACAACAGCACUAAGUUCAUCAUCAGCACCAUGGUAUUUAAAUUUUUUCGGAACAGCUAAAAGUUCUUUGGGUGCAGCUUCAACUACAGCACCGCCACAAGUUACAACUACAAAUUCCAGAGCUUUACUGGUAUUUUCAGAAAUUUCAAAUACUUUAUUAUCAAUAAAUAGUACUAUAGCUUCAAUCACAUCAACAACUGCAAGUUCUCAAACAACUUCACAAGAUGCAAUUGAAAGUUUAAUUGGUGGAUUUUUUGGUGGUAGAUCGAGUUUAGUAAGUAGUUCAGCUACUCAAUCACAAAACUCAACAGCCAAAACAACUGAUGAAACAGAAAGUAAUACUGAUGGUGAUGGAGUUGCCAAUCCAUAUUCUCCCGUGAAUGUCACAUGUCCAAGAGACCCCAUAAUUCGUCAAGCUGAUGGAUUAUCAAUUAAUGAAAUAAAUUAUGUAAAUGCAAAACAUGAACAAACAAAUAAAUUUUUAAUUAGUUUUUUAAAUAAUAGAGCAAAUUUAAGUGAUUUUGAUGCUGAAAAAUUCAUUAAUGAUAAUUCAGCUAAACAUAAUAUUAGUAUUGGAUUAGCAUUUUCUGGUGGUGGUUAUAGAGCAAUGUUAGCUGGAGCUGGAAAUAUUUUAGCUUUGGAUGGUAGAUUUGAAGAUUCAAAUACAAAUGCGUUGGGUGGAUUAUUGGAGUCAUCAACAUAUUUAGCAGGAUUAUCUGGUGGUUCAUGGUUAGUUGGAUCUUUAGUUUUAAAUAAUUGGUUAUCAGUUGAAGAAAUUUUAAAUGGAUCAUCAUCAAUUUGGCAAUUAGAAGAUUCAUUUAUAAAUCCAAGUAGUAUGAAUUUACCAGAAUUAGCUAAAUAUUAUACUGGCAUUGGAACUGCCAUAAAAGCUAAAAAUGAUGCUGGGUUUGAAACUUCAAUAACUGAUCUUUGGGGUAGAGCGUUAAGUCAUCAAUUUUUUGAAGAUUCAAGUGGUGGAUCAAAUGUUACUUGGUCAAGUAUUAAAAACUUAACUUCAUUUAAAGAUCAUAGUAUGCCUUUUGCUUUCGCUGUUGCAAAUGGUAAAACAGUUGAACAAACCACCAUCAUAGAUCAAAAUUCUACAUUUAUUGUUGAAAUUUCACCUUAUGAAUUUGGUAAUUUUGAUAGUGUUCAUGCAUUUGCAGAUACUGAAUUUUUAGGAUCAAGUAUAAAUGAUGGAAACACACUGAAAUGUGUUAGAAAUUUCGAUAAUGCUGGAUUUAUAUUGGGUACUUCAUCUUCAUUAUUUAAUCAAGUUUUUGCAAAUUUAAGUGAAUAUUCAGCAAGUUAUUUACUUAGACCAGUUAUUGAAUUAGCAUUAAGUGAUUUAAGUGAUGAAAAAACAGAUGUUGCAAUUUAUAAACCAAAUCCAUUUUUUGAAUUAGAAGAAGCACAAAUUGAUGACAUUGUAAAUAACGCUACUUUAUCUUUAGUGGAUGGUGGUGAAAAUAAACAAAAUGUUCCAUUUUAUCCAUUAAUUCAACCAGAACGUGAAGUUGAUGUUAUUUUUGCAUUUGAUAAUAGUGCUGACACUCAAAAUAAUUGGCCAAAUGGUACUUCAAUGGUUGAAACUUAUAAAUGGCAAUUUACUGAUCAAGGUAGAGGUAAACCAUUUCCAUUUGUACCAACUAUUGAUAUUUUCCUUAAAGAUAAACUUGGAGAUAGACCAUUAUUUUUAGGUUGUAAUGCUUCUUCAUUAGGUCCAAUUAUUGAUUUCCAUGAUCAAGAUUUGAAUGAAACAGAUGUUCCUUUAGUCGUUUAUAUGUCAAAUAAUCAACAAUCUUACUUGUCAAAUUUUACAACAUUUAAAUUAACUUAUGAUAAUGCUGAAAAAUCAGGUACUAUACAAAAUGGGUAUGAAGUUAUGUCAAGAGGUAAUAUGACAGAAGAUGAAAAUUGGGCAACAUGUGUUGGAUGUGCAAUUAUAAGAAGACAACAAGAAAGAUUAGGUGAACAACAAAGUGAUGAAUGUGCUAAAUGUUUUCAAGAUUAUUGUUGGACAGGUUCAAUUGAAAGUGGACCAGAAGUUUCAGCUUUUCCAAAUGCAAAAUAUCAAAAUUCAACUACUUCGGGUUAUAAGAAUUCUACAUCAUCAACCACCUUAAGUAAUUCAACAUCAACAACUAUGAGAAAUUCAACAACUCCAUCAACUCCAUCAACUACAAUUUCAAUAAAUUCUACAUCAACAGCAAGAAAUACAGUAGAUGCUGUAUCAAUGACAAGUUCUGUUAGUACAUUAACUUCAUUAUCUGCCACUACAACUACUCAACCAGGUACAACAUUUGCUGGCAUAGGUUCUUUCAUUUCUUCACCUUCAAUUACAAUUUUAAUUUUAAGUUAUAUCAUUUCUCUUGUAUAA